AUGGUGGAAGAAAUGCGACGAUGGCUCCACGGCAUAGAGCCUUGCGGAGGUUUGGACCAAUAUGCGCGCAACUUGGCGGAAGCCUUCAACUCGCCGACGGAGGUUCAGGCGAUGUACCUUUCCACCGGGCAUCGUGCACUCGAUGCACAGUUUUUCGAAGACUUCCACAUUCAUGACUUGCGGCACCAGAAAAUGUUUCGCCGAUGGUUUGAGGCCCAGGGCCUCAAAGCGGACGAGAACUCGAAGUGGCAGGAGGCAUCACCCCGUUACCGGCGGGAUGCUGCGAGUCCGACGUGGAGUGGGUCUUGGUGGGACCCUGGCUGGACAGGCAAUCGAUGGACAUGGAGCGCAACGGAUUGGGAGGAGGGAGCACGGACCUGGACUUGCGAAGGCCAGAGCGCAGUGCGCCAGCGCUGGGGCACGGAGGAUGGCCGCUGGCUCAAGCCGAGGCCGAGGUCUCGCUCGGCGAGAAGUCUGAGCUCCAGGGGCAGAGGCUCGGACGAAGGUGCCUUGACGGCUCCUCCCCACGAGAAGACGAAGGCUCAAGGGCCUCUAGCUGCUUGGCUUGGCAGCUUGGGAAUGGAGCGCUAUCAGGCGACCUUGGAAGGCUUCUUCGAUGACCCGGAGCAGGUGUUCCUGGCAUACACGACGCCGGCCACCAUGGGGGAGCCUCAUUUCGACAGUGGCUUCUUUGUCGAGGUGGGCGUGACAGACGAGGUUCAUCAGCGCACCUUUGAGCAAUGGUUCGUGGAGAAGCUACAAAAGGCGCGGAUACCAGCCGUUUCGACGGCGAGAGCUUCGCCAGGCCGCUUGCCGGAGCCGGUUCAGCCGAGGGAGGGAGAGAAGAUUCGGCCGUCGUUGGAGCCAGAGAAGAGCCGAAGCAUCGGGCGAAGAGCACCGAGGCGCAGCCAGGAGCUUCUUGGAAGGGUGCCAAGGCCGAUGCCCUCAUCGCAGGAAGCCGCCUGGCUUCGAUCGGCAGAGCUGGUCUUGGACAGCAAUGCCAGCAGCAGUGACACACCCGUUGUUCUGCAGCGACCCAUGGUACCGCAACUCGAGCACGUGCGCCAAUUUGAGAAGCAGAAGCAGCCUCACCAGCCAAAGCAACAGCAGCUGAAGCAGCAGGGCCAGCCGAACCCGCGGGCGUACCGCCAGCAAAAGCAGCCGAUGCAUCAACAGAUGCAGGGCGUGUCCGGUGCGAUGGGGGCACACCCGGCCUACGGCCACCAAAGUCAACCGAAGGACACUUCCUUUCAAGAGCCAAAGCUUCGGGAACAAAGCCCUCCACUCAAGGAAGCGGCGAGCCUGCCAGACAAGCCUGACGCCCCAGCGAGGGGCGCACAACACAUACCGGAGCCGCAUCCGCAGCCGCCAGAAGUGCCGCAGCCGCUGCAGCCGCCGCCGCAGCCACAGCCCAGUUUGAGCGAGGCGAACCGGAUCCGCGAGAGCGAAGAAAGGGAGAACCAGAGGCAGCCAAAGCAGCCUGCCCAGAAAGUUCCCAGUGGGCCACAAGAGGCUUCCACGAUGUCAAGCCGCGAACCCGGCCAAACUCAGGAGGCCAGGGGAGACUGGGCCUCGAAGCUCCGCGCGGCCAGAGAGGCUGCGGCGAGCCUGCCGGAGAGAGAUGCAAGGCAGCACGUCGUCAUUGCGAUUCUGGGACAUACUGGUGCUGGAAAGUCCACGCUGUUCGCGGCGCUUCUGCGUGCGUGCGGGGCCUGGGACCAGCGCAGCGUGGAGAAGUUCUUCAAGGCGCCUCAGCAGCCCGGUGAGCUUCUGGCGGAGCGCUGCUCCACGCCAGGCCGGCGCUUCACUUUGCUGGACGUCCCAGGGCGUCGAAGCAACGUCGCACAGGCUUGGAGGGCUUUGUGUCAAUCUGAUGCUGCCGUCCUUGUCGUGUCCGCCAAAGCAGCGGAGUUGGAUUCGAGCAUCGCACGUGGCGGGCAAUUGCUAGAGCAUUCCCUUCUGGCGAAGUGCCUUGGCAUGUCUUCCCUAGUCAUUGCCGUCAACAAGCUCGGUGAUGCAAGCAAGGCACCCUGGUGCAGCGAACGGUUUGAGGCGGUGAAAGCCAAAGUCGCGGCCGCUCUCGGAGAGGUUGGUUUCACUUCGGGCAGCCUUCGCUUCGUCCCGGUCUGUGCUCUCCAUGGCACGAACGUCAAUCUGGAGGAGAGGCCAUGCAGACCUAACAAGGACCGCCUGGUCUGUGGCGCAUGCGACGGCUGGUACUCUGAAGGAUCACUGUUGGAGCUUCUCGAGACAUGUCCGGUUUCGGUUCGUCGAGAGAAUGCAGACGGCGGUCCGCAGCGAGUCAGCGUUCUGGGCUGCGAGAAGCAAGGCAACAGCUCCUUCGUUCUCUGCCGGGUGGAGGCAGGGGAUGUGGAGGCCGGCUCCCUGCUUCAGCACGCACCGUCCGGUCAGGAGUGCGGAGUCCUCGCCAUUCAAGCCUGGGGACAAGACGUCCGACGCGCGGAGCCAGGGGAUUUGGCCCGAUUCAAAGUGUUGGGUGCUUUGCCCACUUCGGGACACGUUCUCAGCGAGGAUUCACUCCGAUGCGCGGCCAAAUUCAAAGCUCAGAUUCGCCUGGUCGAGACUUGCCGCGAGACGCCGGUGAUGAGUCAGGGCUUUAAGUGCAUCUUGCAUCUCCACCAUUCCAUGGAGGAGCUGUGUGAGGUGUCGAAGGUCAUUGAGGCAGAGGACCUUCGGACGAGCAAGAAGGAGGCCGCCCCGAAAGUGGUUCGCGCGCCUGCGCUGGCUCUUUGCGUGCUGCAGAUUUGCUCCGGCAGGGAAGUGCCGCUCGAAGCCGGCGAGGGCUUGCUCGGACAGCUCUCCCUGCGCGCGGAUGGAGGCACCAUUGCCGUGGGCAGCGUUGCCGAGUUGCCAAAGCUGAGAUGA